GCAAGUUCAAGGUCAGUAGCAGUCUUGCAUGCCAACCACGUUGCUUCAGUCGAUCUUUAUCCUUCCGAGAAAAAAUGUCUUGUUGAACCGUGAAAAUGUUAUUUCUUUUAAAUUUUGUGCUUGUGCUUGUUUUGCUAACGGCCAUAAAACUGCCCAGCUAUGCUGUGCGAUGUGAGGACGACCGGGAUGUCCCCCAGUCACCAGCAGCCGGUGACGAUGAACUGGAUGGACUCAAGGAGGUAUUCUACCGUAACCUAAUGGCGGACAUGCGCAUGGAAUCGGGAGGACAGCCGAUCAUCACCCCGGAGCUAGAAAACCGCAUGGAGGAACGGAUUCAAAGCUUUCUGAGCGCUACGGAUGGGUCGACGACGGGUUGGGUUCGUCGACGGCGACAGGCCAUGCACGGUGGACCCAUGGGUAACGAAAUGGAGCACCAUUCGGGUCCAAGCAUGGCUUCGCAUGAGGAAAUUUACGCUGACACUGCUGAUGCCGAGCAUCGCUACCUAAAGGGCUUCCGCGAGCGAGGCUCCGUACCGGUAAGCUUCCCCAUCGAUAUCUGCCUACUAAAAGUGGGCCGAUCCAUUUUCGCGGCAUCGCUACAUCUACGAAAAUCCAAAGAGAACUACAAGAACCAAACUAUCGUCACCUUUUACAAACGGCAAAAGGGGCAGUUCCACAAGUACAUGGAGUACAAGGCAGCUCAGGCACGUAACUUUGACUGCACCUCGCACGCUUCGCUAGGAUUCGUUGCCGUGGUUAACUACUACGACAACUCCGGCAGCCAAGACUUCCCGGAAGCUCAUCCUGGGUUCGACGAAGGAUCACCCGUGUUUCAAAUCCGUGAGGAUGGCACCACCGACAUAAUACAGAAGUUCCGCCAAUCCAACCAGAACACGGUUCACAUGUGGACUGCCGGAAACCACUUCUAUCUAACGCACACGUACACGAAUUUGAACGAAAGCGUUGAAAACGUUUGCCCACUGUACCGCUGGACCGGGUACCACUUCGACGUGAUCGACGAACUGCCGUGCUACAACUCGAUCUACAUAGAACCGUUCUCGAUCGAACAGACACUGUACAUCGCCAUCGCCAACCAGAUGAACGAUAAAUCUGUCGAAGAGGACACCUUCUCGGACAUCUUCCGGUUCAACUAUGAGCAGCAGAAGUUCGAGUUCCAUCAGAAGAUCUACAUCUACUCCGUGUCGGACAUAGCGUACUUCUUUCUGGAGUUGGGUGACGUGCGGGAGCAUUACUUGAUCACGGGAAACUCGCGAGCCGGGAAGGAGACCGCCGUCGAUAAACUGGACUACGAUCAGCAUUCGAUCGUGUACAAGUUCGUCGAGGGAUAUUUCGUGCCGGUGCAGAAGAUCGAACUGCACCAGGUGAAGAUGUUCCUUCCGGUUAUGCACGAAAACGGCGAAUUCCUGCUACUGAUCCGCUGCAGAGGCAAACCCCUGUUGAUCUACGAGUACGACGGUUACAAAUUUGUUCCCUCGAGAAUCGACUACACGCGGAACGCCUUCAGUACGGGAGUGUCGUUCAUGCGUGUCUACCGGCACAUCCUGAACACCAGCUUGAUCGUGAUUGCCAACAAGCAGAGCUUCGGCAACACAGCGAAUCUGUUCUCGCCGAUCUACGGAGUGGAAAACAACCUGCGGGAUGUUUACGGGCAGUUCAUAUCGUGGUGCAGCGAAACGACCCAUCAGUUGGAGAACGUCAACUUGGAAGAAGUUUACAACAAGCUGGUUGAGUUGCCGAAGGUUUCCGGAAGUGGGGCUAAGCUCGAGAAGGACGUGGAAGUGAAGGACUCAAGUGUGGAAACGUUGAAGACUAAGGUGUUGCAUACGCAGCACUUCAUGUUCAACCAGGAAGCGUUUGACUAUCUGAACAGCGUACAUGGAAAGCUGCAAGAACUAAAGGAGAAGGCAAAGAAGCUACGUAGUAAGAUCGAUGACAGUCUCAAACUAAGUGAAGCGAUGGAAGUCCGUGGAGACGUCAGGGUACCGCAGGUGAUUGCAGCCGAUGGAUUGAUAAGGGAUCUUGAGGCGAAGAACGUCAACGAUGAGCGGGUGGUUCCUAGGGUGGCGAAUCAAACGAAGCAUGAAGAUGUUAUCAACGUAGACAGACUGGUGAUCGAGGACAGGUUGGCUGUGAAGUUUCUCAAUGGCUAUGCCAGUGAAACGCUACUGCAUACUACGGAUGAUUUACGAUCUUUGGAAGGCGCAGACCUGCAUGUGAAAGGUGUUGAAAUACGCGGAGAAUUGUUCGUAGAUAAAUUGAUCGAUGGUAUUCAUGUGUCAGUGGACAAUGUUUUACUUCGUGGCGUGGAUCAAGUGUUUGCAGGACGGACUCUACGGGCCACAAACCUUACGGUAGGUAAUCUUAUGGCGAAGAAACUCAACUCGACGGAUGUUGGCACGGUUAUGUCGUACCUCGAUCGAGCAUCGGAGUAUGAUAACGCACAAAAACGAACGGUUGAAAGUUAUCCGAAGAAAUUCAAGGAAAUCCGGGUUCAAGAUCUUGAAAUCAGCGGUCUUGUGAAUGAUGUUGACAUCAAAUAUAUCAACAAGAAUGCUCUGAAGAUCGUGGGAGAUCAAGUUAUUACCGGUAGCGUAAACUUUGAUAAUAUUGUUACGAAGAAACUUGAAACCCCCAACAAAAGAUUAUCUGGAGUAGAUUUGAACUACUUAGUGAUGACCGAGCCGACGCCGGAUCAACAGGACUUCACAGUUCGACAGGAUGUACAAUUCAUCAAACCGGUUUACAUGGAACAUCUGCAUGUCGAUGAGCGGAUUAACCACAUCAACGUGAUCGACGAUCAACUUCAGGUUCUGCUGAAAGAUCCAAAGGAGCCUCAGCUCAUUACCGGGACCAAGUCCUUCGAUAACGUCCAGCUUCUGGGUCCGAUUUACCUGCAGGGCAAAGUCAACAGCAGCAGUCUGAGCAAAUUGAACCCUGUUUCCACGAUCACUCAGGACGUAUACCUGGAAGGCGACUUUGAAAUAACUGGUGAUGUCAUGAUCAGACACCUUUUGAACACUACGAAUAUCUAUGGAGCAAGCAAAACUUUCAAUUUCUAUGAUUUGUAUCACCACGGCCUUCCGCUAAGUGCAGCUUUUGCAAACCAGAACUUCGUCUUCAAACAACCGCUUGUUGCGCAUCAUGCCUUCGCCAACAACCUUAACGAUGUCAAUCCGAGAGACUUCAUUCCGUUCCCGUCCAGCAAACUGCAACGUAUAACCGGGCGAAAGAUAUUCAACGGUGACCUUACCAUCCGCGGCGAUCGAGUGGAUGCUACCAAGAUCAACGGAAUCGAUUUGAAGCAACUGAAUCAAACGGUACUCAAAAAGACCGGUGAUCAGGUCGUUGAAGGAACGAUCCAUUUCAAGGAGCUGAUCGCAUCGACCGUGGUGGCGAAGAAGACCUUGUUCGAAGAACGACCUCUCAGUACGCUCCUAACCGUGAAUACCAACCAGCGUAUCAAGUCCAAGGUACGCUGCGUGAACUGCAAGCUGACCAUUCACGGUGAUCUGAGCGUCGGUCGACUGGAGUCGUACAACAAAUCCAGGGUAUUCGGCUAUGACUUGGAUUUUCUCUUUAUCGACACUCUGCGGAAAGGGCGCGCACCGGAUGAAUCGAUCGCGGUAACCGGCGGAAAGGGUUUCUACAACGUAAGCGUUGGGGAACUGAUCCUACUGGAUCAGGCAACCAUCAACGGAGUGGACCUGAUUGGGCUGAAGAAGAUCAACGACCCCCUGGAGAAGGAUGUUAUCGUGGAGGAAACGUUGAUCCUGAAGAAUCCACUGCACGUUCGCAACGUGUACUUCAACGGAUCGAUCAACGGAGUACAGCGGGAAGAAUUUGGACACUCGUGGCUGUUGAACGAGUACAACCAAACGUUUACGGCUCCACAGGUGUUCGAACACGUUACGGCGGAGGGAAUGGUCGUCGAUGGGUACUUCAAUGGAGUCAAGUUAGAGGAGUUGGUUCAGGAUAUCUACUUCUUGGAUCGCAGUGAACACCUACCGGAAGCGGUAUUCCACGAAGGGAUCGUGUCAUACCAACCAAUUAUCGUCAAGGGACUUGUGUCAGGUUUGAAUCUGGCCACCGACGUUCUGUUGAACUACUCUCCGAAUCGUCAAUAUCUCAAAGACGUGAGAAUCGAUGGUAACCUGCGGGUGACUAACCGAAUACACGUUGAGCACACUUUGAACGGAAUGAACUACGCCAAACUGCGAGAGUAUGCGACUUCGAGUGGCGAAGAACGGCCGUUGAACGUGGACGUUCAGGGGAACGUUCACUUCCACCUUCAACCGGACGUUUCCGAGUUGAACGGCUACAAUCUGGAACAGCUUCAUCGGGACGUCUGGUUAACUAACCGGGACGAAGUCCUAACUGGGUCUUAUCGCUUUGAGAAUGUUCAUUUCGCCAACUAUGUCCAUACCAAGGGUCCCGUAAACCAACUGGACUUGGAGGAGAUUAUCCACAGCUACUUGAGUGUGUCAAAGCCACAAAACGUGUCCACGCCGCUGGUUUUUAAGGGACCUGUCGAGUUCCAGAAAAUGGCCACGUUCGACAACAUAGCCCUGGAAGGUCUCCUCAAGGGAUCGAAGGAAUCCCGAGGAAUCAACAUCGUAGACUUCGAUAGAUUUGUGCUGAAAAAGAACGUAGACCAAACUAUUACAGGAAAAUGGGUUUUCCACGAUGUUGAAGUGUACGGCAACCUCAACUUGACCACCCUCAACGGUCUGGACAUCCGACACGACAUCCUGUUGAACCACGCCGAGCAGGUGACCUUUACCGGUGCCAAACGGAUCGACAACCUUCGGGUUCACAAUCUUCGUUGCCCGGAGCCGUGCAUCAUCCAAGGGGUGGAUUUUAGCGAAUGGUUCAGCAACUCCGUGCGGCUUGACCGAAACCAUACCGUGGAAGGCGUCACCUACCUAGAAGGGGUCACCAUCCUGGGAGGCAUCGAAUCCCUCGGUCCGGUCAACAACGUUACGUUCGACCCACAGCAUUUACUGCUCAAGUCGGUUAAUCAGACGCUGGAAGGCACUCUCUACCUGAAAACCAAAUUCCCAGAGCACAACUUGAUCUAUCAAUCGUCGAUCGAAACUUUGGAGGUGAACACAAUCAACGGCAAAGAUUUCAACGAGUUCAUGGACAAUCUGGCACGUGAUGAAGAGGGUACGAUUACGAUUGGGACACCGGUUACGUUGGCUCAGAAUUUGAAGGCCAAGAAUGUGCGUACCAGCGAUAGUAAGGUAUUUGGUGUGAAUAUCAAUCAGCUUCUGCAGGAGGUGGAAUAUGGUGAUCAGUUGAGUAAAUAUGAAACCAAGUUGCGGAGGCUGCAUAUGGUUGGACAAUCCUUGGUGGAAACACUCAGUACCAAAACUCCGUAUCUUAGUCACUAUCAACCGAUAAAGGCCCUGCCGGGAUACUUCCGUAGUGUAGCAACCAUUACGUUACCGUUAUCACCUGCAGCAAUAGAACUACUGGCGGCACAUGUGGAUGAUGGAAAUCGAACGGCCGUUGAGUUCUACAGGUGGAAUAAGAAGGACUCACAGUUUCGUUUUGCUAAAGGUUUUCCAUCCAUCAGUUAUCCGACUCUACGGAUCACCAAAAUGAAACGAAUCGUCCUGGGUGGAAUCCAGAACCUCUUCGUCGAAUACUACGACCACAGCCGUCUACUCUAUCGACAGUCUAUCCUUGACCUUGAAGCACCGGACUUUUCUGCUCCCAAGAAGACUCCCAAAUUCACUUCUAUCUACGAGUUCAACAGCACACAUCCCCAAGACAUUGUUGCACUCAAGAUACUCGACUUGGACUGCGUAGGCCUGUACUCAACACACAUCGACGGUCUGAAUGUGUACUGUCUUCAAUUGGAGAGCCUGGAGUACUACCUGAAGUUCCACCAACCCCUCACAACACCAGCAGUCAAACAGGCCCUUUUCCUGGACGGACGCCUGAUCUUACUGAGCAGAGAUAAUCUGCUGCAAGUCUGGCGCUCCCGUGCCGACUACAAGCUCGGUCUCUUCCAACUAAUCAAGAUAGCCCACCCAACUUCCCUGACCGUGGCCAAGUUCGAGCAACAGCUCUUCAUCGCCAUCAAUUCGGACCAAGCCCUUACGGAAGCUUCCGCUCAUCAUGGAUCGAUAGAAAUCUGGCGCGAUCUGCGACCCCAGCAUCGGAACAGUACAUUCACCAAGUACCAGACCAUCUUGACCAAGGUUCCCAAGCAGAUCCAGUUCUCGGUCCUGUCGACCACGUCGGAACUGAUGCUGUACACCCUGACGGAGAAUCCGUUCCACCCGUUGGUGAUCUACCGGUACGAGGGUGUGGCCGGAUUCCGGGAGUACUUGACGAGCAACGCCCUGCGGACCAGCAGUAAACGGUUUGCGGUGAUCAAACUGGAUCACAAACAGCGGGAACUGUUGGCGUUGAUCGCCGACCAAGGAGUCACUUGGAUCGAAGCCGUUAUAAAGGGCAGAUAGGUUUGCUGUUGAUUUGUAUACAUUCGUGUAUAAAGUUUUGUUUUUGUUGUUAUGUUUGUAAUGAAAUUUGCGUGUUUUUUUUCAAAAUC